AAGGCAGCCGUGGGGAAGCCGACUUUGCAGCUCACUACGCAUGCGCGUUAAGUACUCCGCUCGAGAGGGAGACAUGGCGACGUCCCUGAUCUGCGGCCGUUUGACGGCUAGCCUGAGGAAUUCAGGGGCCAGAAACACUAUCAGCUCCGCUUCCAAGGUUCUCGGUGGUUCUUCGGGUCUGUUCGGAGGCCUUGUGUCCCAGCCGCAGCAGCAGCAGCACAGGACUCUCUCCCUUCACGAGUACAUGAGCAUCGGGCUGCUGAAGGAGGCCGGCAUCUCUGUGCCGACCGGCAUGGUGGCCAGCUCCUCGGAGGAGGCCUACGCUGUGGCCAAGCAGAUCGGCUCCAAGGACCUGGUGGUGAAAGCUCAGGUGCUGGCUGGUGGCAGAGGGAAGGGGACGUUCGAGGGCGGACUGAAGGGCGGAGUGAGGAUCGUCUACUCGCCAGAAGAGGCCCGUGACAUUUCGUCCCAGAUGAUUGGUCGAAAACUGUACACCAAACAGACCGGGGAGGCGGGUCGUAUCUGCAACCAGGUGUUCAUCUGUGAGCGCAGGUACCCACGCAGAGAGUACUACUUCGCCAUCACCAUGGAGAGGUCUUACCAGGGGCCCGUACUGAUUGGCAGCUCGCAGGGCGGCGUGAACAUUGAAGACGUUGCAGCGGAGAACCCAGAUGCCAUUGUGAAAGAGCCCAUCGACAUUGUGGAGGGCAUUAAGAUGGAGCAGGCAGUCAAGGUCGCGCAGAAGAUGGGCUUCCCGGAGGCGCUGGUGAACGAGGCGGCGGAGAACAUGGUCAAGCUGUACAAUCUGUUCAUCAAGUACGACGCCUCCAUGGUGGAGAUCAACCCCAUGGUGGAGGACUCCUCUGGCAUGGUGAUGUGCAUGGACGCCAAGAUCAACUUUGACUCCAACGCAGAGUACCGCCAGAAGAAGGUGUUCGAAAUGCAGGACUGGACCCAGGAGGACCCCCGGGACCGGCAGGCCGCCAAGGCCGACCUCAACUACAUCGGCCUGGAUGGAACCAUCGGCUGUCUGGUGAACGGAGCAGGUCUGGCCAUGGCCACCAUGGACAUCAUCAAACUCCACGGCGGCACGCCGGCCAACUUCCUGGAUGUGGGAGGAGGAGCCACAGCUCAUCAGGUGACCGAGGCCUUCAAACUCAUCACGUCUGACCGGAAGGUUCAGGCCAUCCUGGUCAACAUCUUUGGAGGCAUCAUGAGGUGUGAUGUCAUCGCUCAGGGCAUCAUCAUGGCUGUGAGAGACCUGGACCUCAAGAUCCCCAUCGUAGUGCGGUUACAAGGGACGAGAGUGGACGACGCCAAAGCUCUGAUCGCCGCCAGUCCGCUCAAAAUCCUGGCCUGUGACGACCUGGACGAAGCUGCCAAAAUGGUUGUCAAGCUUUCUGAAAUCGUCUCGCUGGCUAAGGAAGCUCAGGUGGACAUCACCUUCCAGCUGCCCAUCUAAGAAACCUGGAGCCCCGCCCCCCCGACCCCUCGCACCUCCUGCGUCGCCUCCUCGCCUCCUCACCCCCAGCGACCAGAACAGACGAGUUCCCGCCCACCUCAGACGUUUAGUUUAGUUUUUUUUCUUUCUUUCUCUGUGGCAUGAUGGUGUGAGUGAAUGCAGGUGUCCAACACCACCUUCCUGUCUCCCUCCGCCCCCUCCACCUACAAACUUAUGUUGCACUUGAGUCGAUACGCACAAACCUCCUCCUGUCACCCCCAGCCGAGCCGCUCUGUUGCCCGGCGGUUUCCUGUUUGACGUUGUGUUUUCAGUUCAGUUAAAUGAGUGAUGGUGAGACAGCAGCUGCAGACUGUGUGUUGUCUCUCAAGAGGACAGUAACACAAUAAAGACCAGAUUGGUUCCUGUGCAGGAGUGUUUCAUCCAACACGGGCUGAAAACACACACACGCACGCGCACACACACACACACACACACACACAGCACGUGCUGUAAAACAGCAGCAGCUGGUGGAUCUAAUAAUCGAGUUCUCGUCCCAGCAGACGGAGUCUCUGACGUUUGACUCAGACUUUCAGACCCUCCAGGAUCCUGUGAUCCCACGUGGUCCAGCAUGAUCCCGAACCCCCUCACACGCUGCCGGCACUUUCUGUUGUGUUCCGGUCGAGUUGGGCCUCCUUCACAGAGUCGAGUGUCACGCUGACCAGUGCAGGACCCAGAGCCGUCAACUGGCCUGUGAAGCACACAGCUUGUCCAUCCAGAGGGUUUCUCCUCCCCGCUGGAGGCUCCUGGCACCGUGACGGCGUCUGAUGCACCAAUCAGAGCAGGAUGUCAGUGCAUGACCUGCAGUCUGAUCGCCCGAUUGGCCGCAGCAGCGUGACGUCAGGUUGUGUUUCUCAAAUGUUUUAAGGUUUCACCACAGGGCUGCUGUGUCUCAGGUCUUCUGCAGCCUGCACACACUCCACACACACACACUCCACACACACACUCCACACACACUCAGAGGACUGGUGUUUUGGUCCAGAUGAAGCCCAACACUGAUGCUGUUCCUGGAAAAACAUGUUAGUUUGUUUAGCUGCAGGAGCCGCAGGCAGCCAGUCAGCUGUUAGCAUGCUAACACGGCAGACUUGACUGACGUGUGUUUUGUGUCAGGUGGUGGAGGCAGACGUGUCACAUGGAGGUCUGUGAGAAAACCACUUUUACGUUUUGAUGAAGCGACCAUAAAGCUCAGAGCGUCGAGUGCGACUGCCGCUGAGUCACAGGGCGAAGUGUCGAUGGCCCCCCCACGCUGUGUGUGUGUGUGUGUGUGUGUGUGUGUGUGUGUGUGAGAGAGCGAGAGACUAAACUCUUCCUCAGUGGUUGAAGCUUUGAGAAACUGAGCUUCUUAAAACUGGUCAGAGCCAAUCAGAUGUGAAAGCAGGCUGAUGACACAGCAGCAAAGCCCAGCUGCACUUUGAGUCGGAGGCCCAGUGUGACGGCAGGAAGCCCCUGAUCGAUGAGACGCUCGACGGGGACGUUAACACGACUCGCUGUGGAGUGUUUGCCCUCGGCUUUGAACUCGACACAGUGCGGUGUUGACUCUGACGCCUGUGGAGCCGCGGGCCGCGCCGAUCGAUCGGUGAAGCUGCUGUGACGAAUGUUCAGCUGAGGGGAUGCGUCUUCAUUGUUCCUAUUGAGGAGCUCAGAGAAAAGGAGGAGCGCGGAGUCGGCCGAACGUUAACUCGGUGACUUCCUGCGUUCAUUCUGCUUCCUGUGUAUCUCAGUCUGUUGGAGACGAGCUGAAGCAGAACUGCUGAAGCGUGAGGACACUGGCUUCUGUUGGCCCUGUCCUCUCUCCUGUUCUGUCCUUCACGAGUCUCACCUGGUUCCCGUCGUGUUGGAAACAGCCGCUGAAGGCGUCCCUGGUGUUUUAGGUCCCGUGUCUUCCUUUGGACGUUGAGUUAAAACCUGUGACAGCUGGACACUCUGUGUACUCUGUCUGCGUAUUUAUUAACUUCUCCUGGACCUCCGUGGUUGAGGAGGUGUCUCCUUCAGGCCGAGGGGACGGGGACGUCUUCACCGGCUGCUGCUGUUCGGUCUGCCAUCAUGCCACAGCCACUUGGUGCUCCGCCUCUGGACGUCGUGUCGGGGCCGACAGGCUGCAUCCUCUCACAUCAACGGUGACAUUGCUGUACUUUAACCUUCCUCCUCCUCCUCUUCCUCCUCCAGCCCUCCAAACACAAACCGACAUUGUGAGUUGUUUGUCAUUUAUUAUAUCUUGUAAAUAACCAAACUGAUGUUCUUGCUCUGUAAAAUAUUUAAGCGAAGGAGUACGACCAAGAGAGAAAAAAUAAAUGCAGAGGACACCAAA